AUGGAACAUAUUCAAUACAAUCAUCUCUCCACUGUCUGGGGAGGAUGGGACGUAUGCAAUACAAACAUCUUUCCAGGAUCUGUGGAGGAUGGGAAGUAUACAACCAUGUCUUCAGGAUCUGUGGAGGAUAGAACGUAUACAACCAUCUCUCCAGGAUCUGUGGAGGAUAGAACGUAUACAACCAUCACUCCAGGAUGUGCGGAGGAUGGGACGUAUACAACCAUCUCUCCAGGAUCUGUGGACGAUGGGACGUACACAACCAUCUCUCCAGGAACUGUGGCAGAUGGGACGUAUACAACCAUCUCUCCAAGAUUUGUGGAGGAUAGGACGUAUACAACCAUCUCUCCAGGAUCUGUGGAGGAUAGGACGUAUACAACCAUCUCUCCAGGAACUGUGGAGGAUAGAACGUAUACAACCAUCUCUCCGGGAACUGUGGAGGAUGGGACGUUUACAACCAUCUCUCCAGGAUCUGUGGAGGAUGGGACGUAUACAACUAUCUCUCCAGGAUCUGUGGAGAAUGGGACGUAUACAACCAUCUCUCCUUGA